ACGCGAAGAAUUGACGCGCGAAGCUAACCCAGACGCAGUUUCUCCUUGUAGAGCGUCUCCGAAGAUUGUCAAGAGUUGUUGUACUGUUUUCCUCGAUUUUCUCGCUCUAAUUUUGCACUCCAUGCAGAUUACCCAUCUGGUAACAUAGAUCUUGUAUUAACCCUUGAUGUAUCAUGGAUAGCCAAGAAGAAAGAGAUAAUUACUUCAGCUUGACUCUUCUGUUGUUCCGUGUUGGGAACCAAAAGUUACGAGAGUAUUUCAAGACACAGUGGCCAAACGUUUACCAGCGUGUUAGACCUGGUACAGUACCACCCCCUUGGAAUGACACACCACAUGAUGCAGCAGAAAUGAAAAAAAUACAACCAUCCAAACUGAAAUUCAAGUUCAAAGAUGAAAAAACAAAGUUCAAUUCAGGAAACACAAGCGACUGGGACUUCUCACUUCUCACCUCAGUGCUGCGAUAUUCAUCUUUGCAAUUUGUGCUGCCUUCCAGUCCUGAAAGUAAAGCUUUAGAUGAUCUUAAAAAAAUCCGUAACGAACUAAUAGGACAUGCUACUGAUGCAGCAAUACCUAAUGCAUUAUUCCAUACAGCAUGGACAGAUGCUUGCAAUGCAUUAGCACUGUUCAAUGCAUCUGAUGCUGACUUCAAGUGUGUACAAGAUGAUGUGAAUAAACCAUGGAAUGUGUUGUACCCAAUGCUGCAACAGUGUGUUAAACAAGAGCAAGAAAUAAAAGAUUCUGUUGACACAAUAAUCAACAGAAUAGAGCAUUUACAGCAAACAGUGGAACAGCAGCAUACAUCACUACAACAAACAGUGGAAAAGCAGCAUGAGACACAAUUAGAAGCAGCAAGAAACAUUGAAAGAAAAAUUGAUCUAAUGUUGAGUCAAGGGCAACAAGGUCAGAAGAGGUCAACAGCUGAUGUCCAGCCAGUUGAUCUAGUGUUGAGUCAAGGGCUGAAAGAGGAGCAGGCUCACCAACUGCAAGUUGAAGAAUUUGGAAAAUAUAAAAAUUUGGAACAUCAGGUGCCUGUUACAGAUUUGCAAGAAAUUUCCAACAGAAUAAAAUAUUCUGUUGGUGCAAUAAUUGCUAUAAAUAUUAGUAAUUUGCCAAACUAUGGGGCAACUUGUUUCAGAAUUGGAACCAAGUAUGUUAUUACCAACAAGUAUGUCGUUGAUGACAUAAGUAAAUUGGCUAUCCAAUUGAGUAGCUGUUAUGUUGACUUUAACUAUAAAGAACAAGAUCACCCUGGCUAUCGUUUUGGUUUCGCACCUAACCCCGUACGGUUCUACUCUGAAGCACUGAACUAUGUCAUCCUUGAGUUGCGUUCAAAUGGUGAGGGUUUUCCUCCGAGUGUAACUGACUUAGGUUAUAAUAUUGUCCCACCUGGCCACAAGCUUAAAAGUGGAGACUGUUUAACGUUUAUUGGGCACCCUGGAGAACGUAGAAAGCAAAUAGAUGUCUCCUGUCCAAUCAAGCUUC